AAGCUGAAAUAUUAAUAGCUCUAUCUCGGCUGGGCUCCGAGCUGCAGCCAGCCUCUCUCCCAACCUCCGCCCGCCGCCAGGACGGGAGGACGGCGCCAGCCACGAGCCCAGGGGACUGCGGGGCGAUGCACGUGAGCAUGUGGGCCCGGGGCGCCCGCACGACCCCGCCGCGCUUAUUGCAGGAGUGACCAGGACUUCACCUCGUAGAAGUAAUGCCCACAGAAAGCGGGAGUUGUUCAACUGCUCGCCAAGCAAAACAGAAACGCAAAUCUCAUAGCCUUUCUAUACGAAGGACUAACAGCUCGGAACAGGAGAGGACGGGCCUGCCAAGAGACAUGUUAGAAGGACAAGACUCGAAGCUGCCUUCCUCAGUUCGCAGUACACUUCUGGAACUGUUUGGUCAAAUAGAAAGAGAAUUUGAAAACCUGUAUAUUGAAAACUUAGAAUUGCGUAGAGAAAUCGAGACUCUUAACGAGCGUUUAGCAGCUGAAGGACAAGCGAUCGAUGGGGCGGAGCUGAGUAAGGGCCAGCUCAAAACCAAAGCCAGUCACAGUACCAGCCAGCUCUCCCAGAAGCUGAAGACCACGUACAAGGCCUCCACCAGCAAGCUUGUCUCCAGCUUCAAGACCACCACGUCGAGGGCCGUGUGCCAGCUCGUGAAGGAGUACAUUGGCCACAGGGACGGCAUCUGGGACGUCAGCGUGGCGAGGACACAGCCCGUGGUGCUGGGGACUGCGUCUGCUGAUCACACGGCGUUGCUGUGGAGCAUCGAGACUGGGAGGUGCCUUGUCAAGUACGCAGGCCACGUGGGCUCAGUAAAUUCUAUCAAAUUCCAUCCAUCAGAGCAGUCGGCUCUCACAGCUUCUGGAGAUCAGACUGCUCACAUUUGGAGGUACGCAGUCCAGCUGCCGACACCCCAGCCCGUGGCCGACACUAGUCAGAUAGGUGGCGAGGAUGAAGUCGAGUGCUCUGAUAAAGACGAGGCCGAUGUGGACGGAGACGUGUCCAGUGACUGUCCUACCAUCCGGGCGCCAUUGACUUCCCUUAAGAGUCACCAGGGAGUGGUCAUAGCUGCUGACUGGCUGGUUGGGGGGAAGCAGGCAGUGACGGCGUCUUGGGACCGGACUGCGAACCUGUACGAUGUGGAGACGGCGGAGCUUCUUCACUCGCUGACAGGGCAUGACCAGGAGCUCACGCACUGUUGCACACACCCCACGCAGCGGCUCGUGGUGACCUCCUCCCGGGACACGACCUUCCGUCUGUGGGAUUUCAGGGACCCGUCCAUCCACUCUGUGAAUGUUUUCCAGGGCCACACGGACACGGUGACCUCGGCCGUGUUCACCGUUGGAGAUAACGUCGUUUCAGGCAGUGACGACCGCACUGUCAAGGUCUGGGACUUGAAGAACAUGAGGUCCCCCAUUGCAACCAUUCGUACGGACUCCGCCAUCAACAGGAUCAAUGUAUGCGUUGGCCAAAAAAUCAUAGCCCUCCCGCACGACAACCGACAAGUGAGAUUGUUCGACAUGUCCGGAGUGCGGCUGGCACGGCUGCCCCACAGCAGUCGGCAGGGCCACCGAAGAAUGGUAUGCUGCUCGGCGUGGAGCGAGGACCACCCCGUGUGCAAUCUUUUCACCUGCGGCUUUGACAGGCAGGCCAUUGGCUGGAGCAUCAACAUCCCUGCGCUGUUACAGGAGAAGUAAGGUGGCUGGCGCCCCUCACUGGUGGUUUGCCGUGGACCUGUGACUGGGGCAGGCUUUGCGCAGACCGACCAGCCGUUUUGUGCGAGCUGGACCUGAGAAGGGGCUUUGUAGGUGUCCGUUUCACAUUGUACCCAGCUUGCAUGAAGUGUAUAGAACUGUGUUCCUGUGUUUUAUUCUGUCCUGUGUUUGUGCUGGCAUCCUCUGUCCAGUGGGAACGACAUCUCUCCCUGCAGCGUGUCGCGGUGAUUUGCUGGCAUUGGCCAGGGGACAGGAGGCAGGCAUCACACUGUGAGUCCAGCGUGAGCUUGUGUGCUCACGCUGAGCGGGAGUCGUCUGGCAUUUCUGGAACAAUCCUAUGUAUUUCCCUCGUCUGGGAAGAUGGCAGAGCUGCAUUUGCGUUGACUAACAAAUGGCAGGAAUGAUAAAAAAUCCCACGUUUACUCCGUGUGAAAUUGUAGCAUGUGCUGUUGUGUAGUAAUUCAGCUUCCUCUCUGUUCUGUUACAGGUCUGAGAAAUGAACCUGGAACUUAGAAUUUAAAAAAAAAAUAGCAUAGAAUAUUGAGUUUGCAACAGAAAGUUUCUUUUGGAAAGCAAAAGUUUUUGCUCUUUUUAUAGAAAAUCAUUUCAAUCUCCUGAGGUCUAAUAUUAGCAAAUUUUAGAAUACAAUGAUUCUAAUCACCGAUUUCAGAUCUUAAGCAAAAUUUAGAGCACUUUAGUUUAUAGCUAUGGUUAUAAACAGUCUAGAUGUUUCAAAUGACUUAUCCAUUGAAUGUGACUUGACCUUUUUAAGAUUCCCUGCUACCUGAAAACAAAACCUUAUUUAUUUUCUACACCUUUGGUUUGCCUAUUUCUACAUGGGUUCACUUCCUUGGUGGUAUCUGAGAGCCAACAAUGCAAAUAAAUGAGUACUACCUCAAAAACAAACAUGUGGGAAACGUGGGAGCUCAGUGUUGCCCAGUUAAGCAACUUUGGCUCUUAGCUGGAAUACCGAGUUCAGUUCACAAAGCAAGCAACACAGUCAGCCAAUGUACCCUGAGGACGGAAGGCGCUUCCACUGGCUGACAAGGCGGCAGCCAGAACGGUAGUUCCCAGGUGACAAGAUACCCUUGACACCUCUCAGUGCCAAUCCUCCCACCUCCAGGUGGGUCCGUCAGUGUCGCCUUCUCAGCAGCUACUGAAUCUGAUGCUUGUGACUUCUUGUUCCUGUUGAGUUUCAGUUUUUAUAGACAUCUCAGUGUACUGCCCCUCAUACUUUUAUUCCUUUGAACGUGUCCCCUUGGACACUUGCCCUUGGAGAGGCACGAGUGGGCAACCUUGCAGACGGCCUUCGGUGAACCCCUGCCCGUGUGUCCAUUUUGUAGCGACGGGGCUGGAGUGCCCCAGGCCCCUUCACUCAGGUCCCGCAGCAGCUGGUCUGCGGCACUUCAGCCCUGCGCCAUGGGUGGUCCCAAAAUAAUCAGACAGCCCGGGAGGGAAGAGGCCCAGGAAACCAGUACUGACAUGGCCCAGAGUUGAGGUUGCUAACCAAGGGACAUCCAAGACAUGUCUUAGAGCGACUUUACUUUUAAAGCUCAAGAAUGGGUUGUAGUUUUGAAGUGUGACAUUUGCCCUGAGUACACAGAUCAGUCAGGCUGUCACUGUGGCCCCGCGGCCAGAUGUCUGAUGCGUGUGCGCCCUGCCCUCCACAACCCAAAGGCAUGAGCGCGGCCACUUCUCAGCGAUGAGCUGCACAGCCCACUCGGGUUCCUUUUGCAUUUUUAGUAUAUGUGCUGCCGAAGCAAGCACUCCUUUUGCAUUUUAAUGUGAACAGCCACUGUCUCAGAAUCAUCGUUAGAGCUUUGGAAAAUGUAUACAAGCAGCUAAAACAAACUUAAGAAGCAGACCUCUGCCAGGUGAAAAAUCAUUGGAAGCUUUUAGAUAUCUUCGUGAUAGCCAUUUAGUUCUGUGCAGACCAGCGUCCUUCACAGCUGGCAGCCGUUCCCCUUGUCGCUGAGGGGCGGGGCCGCCCUCCUCACUCGAGUACGUGAGGGUGCGAGGCCUCAUGGUGCUCCAGCUGGUCCCCAGGGGCAGGACACGCCCUUGCUGCUGCCGCGUGUCCUCUGACGGGGUCCAUGCAGCUGCUCUGGCCUCAGUGCCGGUGAUGUCAGGAGCCGUGAAGGGGACGGGUUAGUGUGUGCACGAGUGUGCGUGUGUGCAUGAGUGUGUGGGUGCACGAGUGCGUGCAUGUCCUGGCUGAAAUGGUCAUGUGAUCAGCCAUGUAAGUUCAUGUAAAUUAGUGUUUGGAAAUGGGAGUGGUUUUGUCCUAUAAACCGACAUGUCCAGAAUUUCAUUUACUGAUGGAAGGAGAAUGUGUGGUUACUGAGGAAUGUGUACCGAUAAGAAUUUAACCCAAAACACGUUGGACAGAGCAACACUUUCUCAACCGCUGCACGUCAGUUUCUGUAGACUCAAAAAUUCUGUGCAUAUUUUGAAAUCUGAAGAAUCCUAUGUAAAUUAUUUGUUGCUUAAAUCUGUGAAAAACGAGUUUCUUUGGGGGAAAAGUAUGCAUUUGUAAGUGUGUAGAAGCAAGUGUUUUAUUGUAUCGAUCUAAUUGUUUUUAAGUGUUCAGUGUCUUCAUUGUAAUACGAAAUUCAUUACAAAUCCA